UACGCAGUUGCUCAUCUCGGAGGGAUAGUCAUUGUUCCACUCAGAUUAGGUUUUCUGUAAACGAGGAAGGAAACUACAGCAUCACUCACGACUGACCUGCCACUGUUACGGAGCAGUCAACGUGACAUCGGCAUGGCGUUCCUACUGAAACGAUUGUCGAACAACCAGAUACUGGUGCACAUCUUGGCUACGUUGUUUGGAAUUGGUACGUGGCUGCCGGUAAAUGGAAUGUACGUCCAGCUACCACUGCUCGUCCAGACGCAGCCAGAAGGAUGGAAUCUGCCCUCGUACAUUUCUAUCAUCGUACAAAUUGCAAACAUUGGGCCCAUCCUGUACGGACUGUCGCAGAAAUUUCUCCCAGGGAAGUUGAGAGAUAGCUUCAUUAUUUACGGUAUACUAACAACGGGUACUAUCGCACUCUUGCUGAUGGCACUCCUGUAUAGGGAGACGACGUACUUUGGCACUGAGGAACACAGCACUCCCUUCUUGGUACUGACGUUUUUUUGUGCUCUUGUUGGCUGCACCAGCCUCGUGCUCUUCAUGCCAUUCAUGAGGAACUACAAAGAAAUAUAUCUUAUAUCUUACUUCGUCGGAGAGGGGCUCAGUGGCUUUUUGCCUAGUGUGCUCGCCCUUAUACAAGGUGUUGGAGGCAACCCAACGUGUGUGAACCAAACCGUCGUAAACGCUACUAAUCCUGACGACUCCUAUACCGUACUCGUGUCGCACGUACCGUCACCUAAUUUUUCAACCACUGCCUUCGUCCUGAUCAUGUUCGCAAUCCUCGCCAUCAGCACCGUCUCUUUCGCACUUUUAAACAACCUGAAAAGCUGUAAGGCUGAGAGAGUUAAAUCACAAUUGGUGCCAUGUAAAGUUUCCACCAGGGACGACAACGCUUCAGAAGCAUCGAGCGACCAGACGGAGGGGCACGGCUUGCCGCUUUCCCGCUGCACCUACGGCUGUUUGAUGGUGCUGGUGUCCGUAGUGGCAGCGUUCGGACACGGAGUGUUUCCCAGCAUCCAGUCGUACUCGUGCUUACCGUACGGCAAUGUCGCCUACCAUCUGGCGGUAACUCUGUCCGCCAUGGCGAACCCGCUGGCGUGCUUCGUACAGUUCUUCCUGCCGAGGACGUCAGUAAGAGCGAUUUCUGGUAUCGCGGCGGUGAGCGCCGUUUUCGCCGCCUACGUUGUUGUCACAGCACUCAUGAGUCCUGCACCACCUCUGGUUGGCUACACAAUUGGUGAAUUCCUCGUGGUCAUAUCUUGGAUAAUCUUUACUGGAGGAAUUUCGUACAUCAAGAUGGCGAUAGCGUCCAUUUUCCGGUCAGAAGGAGGCCGCAGUCUGUUCUGGUGUGGCGCCGUGCAGCAACUCGGCUCUGCCACGGCCUCUGUGGUCACUUUCAGCGUUGUGAACUACGCUGACAUCUUCCACUCAUACACGCCAUGCUGAACUGCUGUAUGGACAGUGUCUUGCACAGUGAAUAAACGUGUCACAAUGCUGUGAAACUGCAAAUAAUGGUUAAAGCUAGAAAUAAAUCUCCAUACUAUAAGUAUUCUGACAUUUAAAAUAAAUAAUAUGCAGAGUGUUGUAAAAGACUCAAUAUUACUACAUAAAAUUCAUUUGGAAAGAAAACGAACAAGAAAUAGCGCACAGUGUGACUUAAAAGGUUGGGGAAAUGAAGCGCUUUCACAUGCCCAGCCCCCUAAGAGCUGUCAGCUCCACAUAUUAGAAUGUCUGCAGCUUAUCUGUUUCACUAGCAUUGACCAAGUUUGUUUUGUUUGUUUUCCGUAGUUCAGCUUUACAACAUAUUAUAAUAACGUACAACUAAUUAAGGAUAUUAAAAUAAUGUAUAUUUUAAUACGGUUGGGUGCUGAUAAUUUACAGAUGAGACUGUAUUAUGGUAAAAACACUUAAUUUAUAAAAAGUAAUUAUGUACUUAUUUUACACUGCAUAAAGCACAACCUGUGAAUGGAAAUGAGAUAAGAGGAGUAAAGGAGAAACUAUUUAACUUCCUGUUGAAUUUAGUUUUACUUCCUAUUAAAGAUUAUAUAUCUGGGUAAGUUGUCGAAGAUUGUGCGUGCAUUGCUAUUCACUUCCUCCUGAAUUAGUCAGUUCUAAGCACCAGUACUGACAGUCGUUUUAUUGCGAGGUACUGAAAGUGUGGUCAUCAUACACUCAAUAAAUUCAUGAAAGAUAUAUUGUGUAAUAAAAAUGUUUAUCUUCUUCAACUUUUGUCUACAACUUGAUUUUGUGUGAAAAAUGAAAACUUUCUUUCUUAAAUAUGAAGGAAUUUAAUUUAAAUGUCAUUAAUGAAUGAAAAUAUGCAAAACAUAUUAACACACUGAUCCCUUUCUCUCUGGGAUUUGCAAUGAUAUUAUCUCAGUUGUUUUAUUUGCCUUGUAAUGUUUUUAUCAGUUUAAUUAUAAAUGUUAAGUAUUCCCAAAAACUUCGCAGAUUUCUUGCCAGUGUGCCAAACUCGUAAUUACUUUUGUACUUCCCUCGCUAUUAAUUACAUUUUUUUAAAUUAGCAUAGAGACAAACUGCAGACAACCAAGGCAUAAUUUUCUUAAAGGUAUUAUGUCCAAUUUCUUCUACUGCUGCAUAUCAAAUGCCAUUGCUUGCAAAACUUGUGUAAUGUACCAAACUAUGUAUUUUUUUUAUUUUUGUAAAUUAAAUGAUUAAAUGGAAAGUUAUGUCUAUAAAUGCGGAAUGUAACAGGAAAAUUGUGGCAAUCUGUUCGCGAUUUCCCACAUUCAUCAAGUCUCUCUGUCUUCAUUUUUUGUAGUAUGCAGUAGAAAUGUCCACACUCUUUUCAUAAAAUACAGCAUGGGCCACAUCUUAUUUCCUACAGUCCCAUUUGUUGAGAUGUACACAGAUGUAUUCCUUGGCCAGAUUAUGAAAAAUAAAGGAUGGUACAUUUUA